GAGCUGAGCUGCUGCUGGACUCUGAGUCAGUUUGUGUCAGUUUGUGUCGGUCUCCUCAGAUUCUCAGAGACUCAGACAGUUUCAGUGAUCUGAUGAUGAUGAUGAUGAUGAAGGUGUCAGAGCUGGUCCUCGUCCUCUCCUGUGUCCUCUGUGUCUCUGCUGACGGUCUCCAUGAGGACCUUUGUAUCAUUGGCUGUUCAGACACUGAUGGAGAGAUGAUGUACUCUCUGGAUGGUGAAGAGCUGUGGUACGCAGACUUCAUCAACAAGAGAGGAGUCGAGCCUCAGCCCAGUUUUAUUAAUCAUAUCAGCCUCGUGGAAGGAACUUAUGAAGGAGCUGUGAGGUUUGUACAGAACUGCAGACAGAACAUGGGGGUUUUUCGUCAAGCUUACAACAACCCUCCAGUGAACCUGGAUCCUCCUUCCAGUCCAAUGAUCUACACCAGAGACAAAGUGGAGCUGGGAGUGAAGAACACUCUGAUCUGUCAUGUGUCUGGUUUCUAUCCUGCUCCUGUCAACGUCUCCUGGACCAAGAACGAGCAGAAGGUGACUGAAGGAACCAGCAUCAACGUCCCCUUUCCAAACAAAGAUGGUUCCUUCACCCAGAUCUCCAGACUGGAUUUCAUCCCACAGCUGGGAGACGUCUACACCUGCACAGUGAGACACCCAGCUCUGAACCAACCACUGACCAGAAUCUGGGAUGUGGAGGUGCAGCAGCCCAGUAUUGGACCUGCAGUCUUCUGUGGAGUGGGUCUGACUGUCGGUCUGCUCGGUGUCGCUGCAGGAACCUUCUUCCUCAUCAAAGGAAACGAGUGCAGCUGAUUGGCUGGAGCUGAUGAUGUCAUCAGACCAGUCUGAUUAUAGGCUGAUGUAAAUGUUGUUGUUUGUUAAAGACGUGAGUGCAGCUGCAGUGUUUGUUAAAUAAAGGUUGGAUGUUGUCACAGAUUUAAAUCACAAACUGUGGAUUAUUACAAGAGCUUCCAGAUGUGCAUUAAAAAUGUUCUUUCUUGCUGAAAUCAUUUAUUCUGUUCUGACUGUAGAGAUUUGAUCUGAAAUUGAUUCCAGGUCAAAGUAAAAUUUGAUCUGUUUGUAACACAAAGAGGAAAUCUGUACCAAACAGGAUGUGACUGUUUCUCAGACAUUAAUGUUCUGUUAUACAUAAACAUGAUUUUCAUUUGUUAGUUAAUCACACAAUGCAGAUAAACAGUAGAUGUAUGAUGUGUGUCAGAAUGAGGGAAAUCAAUGAAGUGUUUCUCAUUUUAAUUCAUCUUCUAAAAUCAGGCUGUUUCUGUUUCCUUCCUGAAAUAAAGAAAUUUCCACUCUCACA